ACACGAAAACUCAUAAUGGCACCCCGACAAGCACCUCGUGCACCACCAGCAAAACGCCGCAAGACAACCACUCAAGUCGAAGAACUGAAAUUUGAUCCCGAGGCGCGCAACGAAUGGCUCACGGGCUUCCGCAAGAGAAAGCAACAGCGCAUCAAGCAUGCCCAAGAACAGUCCGCCAAGAUUGAAANNAGGAAGAGAAGGUCAAGGCGAGAAAAGAGAAAAGUAGACUUAGAACGUCAUGUCGCCGAAGUAAACGACCUGCUCAGAAAAGCGAACAAAGACUCGGACGACGAAACAUCUGCCGCUGAAGACGAAGAAGAAUGGGAUGGCAUCGCUUCACCACCGAGACCGUCCAUUGACGGUGUGGACGAGUAUGUCGACGAGGACAAGUACACAACCGUCACCAUCGAAGCCAUGGAAGACGCAAAAGCUUUCACGAAAGAUUCAGACGAUGAGGAGCAGACUACUGUGGUGAAAGAGGACGCCGAUGGCAAGGNNGAUGGCGAUGUGGUCAAGAAGAAGACGGUCUGGUCAAAAGGGAAGAAGGUGGAUCCCAAGAGCAAGCCCAAGAAGAAGAAGUUCAGAUACGAGAGCAAGGGCGAGAGAAAGGAGACUCGCAACAAGCAAAAGGCAAAGAAUGCCGCUGCGAAGAAGGCUAGAGAGGGAAAGUGA